CAUUUGUAUCUGCCACUCACUGCCACAAGUAAACCGCUAACACAGGUUGCCUGCUGCAGAGCAUUAUGGGGCUUGUAGUCCUCUUCCGGGUUUAGGGGCGUGAUAGGGACUGUGCAGCGUCGUCGUGGUCAUUACUGCAAAGUGCAGCAUGGUGGUUCUGAAAGGGGUUCCAUCGGUGCUUUCUCCGGAGCUCCUGUAUGCUUUGGCCCGCAUGGGGCAUGGAGAUGAGAUCGUUCUCGCAGACGCAAACUUUCCUGCAGCUUCCAUAAGCCAAGCUGGACCUGAGCUUAUCCGUGCUGAUGGAUUGAAUAUCCCUACACUGUUGGAAGCCAUUCUUCAUCUAUUUCCAUUGGAUGCUUAUGUUCCAAGUCCUGCGGCUGUCAUGGACCUUGUGGCGAGUGAUAAGGAAAAAAGUUUGGACACACCGAUAUGGGAAAAUUAUCGGAUGCUGCUGGCCAAAGCGGGGUCCAUGGCACCACUGCAGUUGGUAGAGAGGUUCCAGUUUUAUGAAAGAGCCAAAAAAGCCUUUGCUGUGGUGGCAACUGGGGAAACUGCUCUGUAUGGCAAUCUCAUUUUGAAGAAAGGAGUGAUAGGUUAAAACAUUGUGUUGGGAUCUGUUUGCCAAUGACUAAUGUCUAAGCAUUAUUGCCCUGGGAUUUGGUCCAGAUUGCGGUGGUAAUGGCUGUAAAUAUUCUUAAAUCUGCACAAGGUGUCCAUUGCCUCUGGUCGUCUUGAUGGUUUUUCUUAAGUUAAAGACUUAAACCUUAAAUCAGUCCUUGUUUGCUUAUCCUUUGCAUCUUUAAAUUCCCUCACUGUAUCAACCUCUAUUCCUGUUGGGAGCAAUUUUUAUGUCUUUAUUAGACUGUGAUUCAUUUGGUGGGACCCCCAAGUAGGGCUUUCUUUUGAAAUAAUACUUUUAUUUUCUUACUAAAUGGCGGUUUAUAUAUAAAUCUAAAAAAAUAUAUGGGGACAAAAAAAAAAGGAAAAAAAUGUCAAAUUGUUUAGCAAUAUGAAUGAUCUGCCAAACUGCCUGGAAUUUGGAUCCUAAUAGCAGCUAUAAAAAGGCAAAACUGCUGAACAAAUUAUAUUUUUUGAAAAUUGUCAACCUGAAGUAUUUUACUAAAUGCAUUUUAACACUUUUAACCUUUGUAAUCAUUUUAGCACCAAUCUGUGCCCUUAAAAAUGUGGUGGGGGGGGCUAUAUUUUACUGCAAACACAUUAGAUACAAACAGUUUUUCAGUACAUUUUUUUCUUCUUCUGUUAUACAAAA